AUGACAGAGAUGCAACCCGAAGAUCUAACGGAAGAGAGCAACCCCGAAUUUUGGGAAACUCUUGAGAAGUUAAUUAAUUGUGUGGAUGGGUCUAUGUCUAGAUUCUCAAGACACAACUUUAGCUUGAAAAGGUUUAAACUUUUGAUCAACGUCCCCGAUAUGAAGUUGGCUUCUGCUUUGGAUGAAUGGAUCCGGGUCGCUAUUGAAAAUGGUGUCAAAGAGGUUGAUCUUUCUAUUGAUACACCCG